AAAUGGUAUCGUAUAUUAAAUUACUGGUCGGUUCGCAAUAUUACGGGUCCGAAACCCAUACCAUAUUUUGGCAAUAUUUUAAGCCCUGUCCUAAAAGGGAAGGAAUGCGUUGAAACGGAGUGGUAUAGAACUUACGGCCAACUCUAUGGAGUGUAUGAGUUUGGAAAACCGGGUCUACGGGUGGCGGACCCGGUGCUCAUCAAACAAAUUCUGGUGAAAGAGUUUUACAAAUUCCGUAACCGUAAGGAAGGCGGCGACAGAAUUGCCGUUUUUAAAAACACACUCAUCAGAGCCACUGGCGAUGACUGGAAACGGAUCCGAGCCAUAGCCAGUCCCGCAUUCACUUCGGCUAAACUCAAACACAUGUAUCCACUCAUCAACGAGUGUUGCCGUGACUUCUUGGCCGCACUCGACAGAGACGUGUCCACCGGUCGGACGGAAGUCGAGUUAAAGCAAUUGAUGGGCGCCUUUACUAUGGAUGUGAUCGCCAGCACAGCGUUCGCCACCAAAACUAAUCCCUAUUCAAACCCAAACAAUCCGUUUACCUCUAAAUGCAAAGCACUGUUUCAUGAGAGACCGUUAAUGAUCUUAUUGUCACUUAUAUUACCGACAUUUAUUACAAAUAAACAUCUAUGGAAAGUCAUGGUAAAGGAUCCGGAUCUUAAUUCCAAGUUUUUUUUCGACAUUUCCCGCGAUUUGAUACGUGAGCGCAAAAAGUCGGGCAAAAAAUACAAUGAUUUUUUGCAAUUACUUAUGGAUGUGGAGAGAGUCGACAACAACACGACGACUACGGGUGCGGACUCUGUGGCCAGCGAUGCACUGGAAGGACAUCACGUGAACGAAGGCGUCGACGAACUGAUGGCAGAGAAACAGGCGUUGAGUGGAAUGAAAUACUCNAACACGACGACUACGGGUGCGGACUCUGUGGCCAGCGAUGCACUGGAAGGACAUCACGUGAACGAAGGCGUCGACGAACUGAUGGCAGAGAAACAGGCGUUGAGUGGAGUCGUGGAGAAGAAGUUAACUACAGAUGAAAUACUCGCCCAAUGUUUCCUAUUCUUUGCCGUCGGUUAUGAGACGACGGCCACAACUCUGUCGUAUUGUGUCUAUGAAUUGGCACUCAAUCCCGAUAUUCAGGACCUGUUGGUGGCGGAGACCAAAGAGGCGUUCAAUGAAAACACGACAGACAUAGACUACGAAACCCUUAGCCGACUCCCACUCCUCGACGCCGUUAUAUCAGAAACUCUUCGCAAAUAUCCACCAGUAAUGAGAGUGGAGAGGGAGGCCGUAGAGGACGUAGUUCUGACAUAUGGUAGCAAUGGAUCAACAAUUAAGAUUGAAAAAGGAGUUCCGCUAGAGAUCCCGGUGUAUGCCAUACAUCACAACCCGGACUACUAUCCCGACCCCGAGGCCUUCAAACCCGACCGGUUUUUGCCCCAAAAUUGUCAUCACAUCAAACCCUAUACAUACCUACCAUUCAGCGCCGGACCCCGUAAUUGUAUUGGUAUGCGCUUUGCGAUGCUCGAGGCUAAAUUGUGCCUGGGCAAAUUAAUUCAACAAUUUCGCUUUUAUCGGGUGCCCUCCACUGAUGUGCCCGUUAUUUUCAUUGCUACAGAUAUUCUUCUGCGUCCAAAGCGGCUUAUUGUGGGCGUUGAGAAACUUAAU